UAAGAUCCAGAUAUAUAUAACUGAUCCAGACUUUAAGGGUUUUAUACGUAUCAGCUGUUGCCAGUACUGUAAAAUAGAAUUUCACAUGAAUUGCUGGAAGAAGUUAAAAACUACAACCUUUAAUGAUAAAAUUGACAAGGAUUUUCUACAAGGAAUAUGUCUUACCCCUGACUGUGAAGGUGUCAUUUCUAAAAUUAUCAUCUUCAGCAGUGGUGGUCAAGUUAAAUGUGAAUUUGAACACAAAUCUAGAGAAACUAAGACUGAAAGAAGACAAAAAAUUGAAGAGAAAGAUCCAAAAAAAAGAAGCAAAAAAAUUAGCACAAGAAAGAAUGGAGGAGGACUUAAGAGAAAGUAAUCUACCCAAAAACGAAGAGCAGAAAGAAACUGUAGACAAUGUUCACCACUGUCAGUUCCUUGAUGACAGAAUUCUACAGUGUAUAAAGCAGUAUGCUGACAAGAUUAAAUCUGGCAUAUGGAAUACAGCCACGCUUCUCAAAGAAUUGCUUUCUUGGAAAGUUUUGAGCACAGAAGACUAUACAACCUGUUUUUCAAGCAGAAAUUUUCUAAAUGAAGCAGUGGACUAUGUUAUUCAUCAUUUGAUUCAAGAAAAGAGCAGAGUAAAGACAAGAAUAUUUCUGCAUGUUUUGAGUGAGCUUAAAGAAGUGGAGCCCAAAUUAGCCACCUGGAUCCAAAAACUUAAUAGCUUUGGCUUAGAUGCCACAGGACCUUUCUUUUCUCGGUAUGGAGCAUCUCUUAAGCAGCUUGAUUUUAGCAUCAUGACUUUCCUCUGGAAUGAGAAAUAUGGUCACAAACUAGACUCUAUAGAAGGAAAGCAACUUGAUUAUUUCUAUGAGCCAACAUCAUUGAAGGAAGCCCGUUGUUUAAUAUGGCUGCUAGAAGAACACAGAGACAAGUUCCCAGCAUUGCAUAGUGCUUUAGAUGAAUUCUUUGAUAUAAUGGACAGCCGCUGUACUGUGUUAAGGAAACAAGACAGUGCCGAAGCACAGUUUAGUUCUACCAAGGUGAAAAACAAAGGCAAGAAAAAGAAGCUAAAGGAUUCAAAACCUAUGUUAGUUGGGUCUGGAACAACUUCAGUAACUCCAAAUAAUGAGAUCAUCACUUCAAGUGAAGACCACAGCAAUCAAAAUUCAGAUACUGCAGGCCCAUUUGCAGUGCCUGACCAUCUUCGGCAAGACGUAGAAGAAUUUGAAGCUCUCUAUGACCAACACAGUAAUGAAUAUGUUGUCCGCAAUAAGAAGCUAUGGGACUUUAACCCAAAGCAAAAAUAUUCAACUCUAUAUGAUUACUUCUCUCAGUUGUUGGAGGAACAUGGUCCCUUGGACAUGAGUAACAAGAUGUUCUCUGAAGAAUAUGAGUUUUUCCCAGAAGAAACUCGACCAAUACUAGAAAAAGCAGGAGGUUUAAAAUCUUUUCUCUUGGGAUGUCCUCGUUUUGUUGUGAUUGACAACUGUAUUGCAUUGAAGAAAGCUGCAUUACGGCUCAAGAAAAAAAGAAAGAAGAAAAACAUUAAAACAAAAGUAGAAGACAUUUCAAAAGCAGGAGAGUAUUUACAAGUUACACUACCACUGAAUUCAGCUGCUAGGGAAUUUAAACCAGAUGUAAAGUCUAAACCAGUGUCAGAUUCAUCCUCAGCACUAGCUUCUGAAGAUGUGAAGCCCAAACCCGUGUCUGCUAAUUCUCCCAAGCCAGCUUGUGAAGAUGUGAAGGCGAAACUACUAUCUGGUAAUUCUUCUAUGCAAGUUUCUGAGGAUGGGAAAACCAAAGGGGUUUCUUCUAAUUCUCCCAAACCAGGCUCUGAGGAUGUAAAUUACAAACAAGUCUCCUCUAAUUCCCCUAAACCGGUUCUUGAGGAUGUGAAACCAACUUAUUGGGCUCAAUCCCAUUUGGUCACAGGACACUGUACGUAUCUUCCUUUCCAGAGAUGUGACAUCACCCGGACACCACCAGCACACAUAAAUGUGUUACCAGGUUUGCCCCAGUACACCAGCAUAUAUACAUCCUUGGCCAGCCUUUCUCCUGAAUAUCAGCUACCAACAUCAGUACCAGUGGUGCCGUCUUUUGUAGCCAAUGACAGAGCAGAUAAAAAUGCUACUGCCUAUUUUGAGGGUCAUCAUUUGAAUGCUGAAAAUGCUGCUGGUCACCAGAUUGCCUCUGAAACACAGAUCCUUGAGGACUCUUCGGUAACAUCUGUAAAGUCACAGUGCAGCACAGGUGAUGCUUAUAUGGUCCUAAGUGAGUCUAACAGAAAUGAUGGGCACUGUGGAAAUUCUAAGAACAAAUGUGAAGUAAUUCCAGAAAGCAUCAGUGCAGUAACAAACAUUCCACACGUGCAGAUGGUUGCCAUACAGGUAUCUUGGAACAUAACACACCAAGAAGUCAAUACUGAGCCAUAUAAUCCUUUUGAUGAACAACAAGGGGAAAUUUCACAGAUUGAAAAGGAGUACCAAGUAUUACAAGACCAACUUAAAAAAGCGUGUGAAAAUUAUGAGCAGAUAAAACUUAAGGGCUUAGAAGAAACCAGGAACCUGGAAGAAAAGUUGAAAAGGCACUUAGAAGAAAACAAGAUGUCAAAGAUGGAAUUAGAUUGGUUCAUUCAAGAUCUGGAAAGAGAAAUUAAAAAAUGGCAACAGGAAAAAAAAGAAAUCCAAGGAAGACUAAAAUCACUGAAGAAGAAAAUUAAAAAGGUUUCAAAAGCCAGUGCAAUGUAUACCCAGAAAAAUGAUGGAAAGGAUAAGGAACAUGAAUUACAUCUGGAUCAGUCCCUUGAAAUCAGCAACACACUUACAAACGAGAAAAUGAAAAUAGAAGAGUGUAUAAAGAAAAGGAAAGAGGAUUAUGAAGAGAGUCAUCAGAGAGCUGUGGCUGCAGAGGUAUCCGUACUUGAAAACUGGAAGGAGAGUGAAGUGUAUAAGCUACAGAUCAUGGAGUCACAAGCAGAAGCCUAUCUGAAGCAGCUGGAGCUGAUUAGCCAUGAUCCUGCAGCAUAUCCUGACAUGAAGUCUGAUAUAUGUUCAUGGGAAUUGUUUCUUUCUCAUGUUACAAAAGAAAUUGAGAAAGCAAAGUCUCAGUUUGAAGAACAAAUUAAAGCAAUUAAAAAUGGUUCUCGGCUCAGUGAACUUUCUAAAGUGCAGAUUCCCAAGCUUUCAUUUCCUGCCUGUAACAUGGUUCAUUCUGAGUUACUCUCUGAGUCUUCAGGCCACGAUGACCAAGGGCUUAUGACUUCUGCAAGCCAUGUGACUGGAAACCUCGCAGCACUUCACAGGGAUCCCAGUGUGUUCUCUGCCAGUGAUUCCCCAGGGGAGGCUCCUUCUGCGCUGUUGCCAGGGCCAGCCCCCAGUCAGCCUGAAGCCACUCAGCUGCCAGGGCCAAAAAGGGAUGGCCAGGCAGCUCUGUCAGAGCAAAGCCUUGUGGCUGAUCGGAAGCAGCCUGUUCCUCCAGGACAUGCUGCACGUUCAAGCCAGUCUCCAAAAAAGCCGUUCAAUAGUAUUAUUGAGCACCUGUCAGUGGAAUUCCCAUGUUACGAUAGCACUGAGCUUGGUGGUUUUAUUAAAAACGUGCGAAGCAAAAACAAGAGCUCACUUUCAGGAUUGAGUAUUGACGAAAUUGUCCAAAGAGUGACAGAACACAUUCUAGAUGAACAGAAAAAGAAAAAGCCAAACCCAGGAAAGGACAAGAGGACUUAUGAGCCCAGCUCUGCUGCCCCCAUGACCGGGUCCUCCCAGGACCCACCCUCGGCGGUUGUUGCACCAUCACCCAAAACCAAGGGGCAGAAAGCAGAUGUCCCUGUGAGGGUUGCACCGGGUGCAAGUUCCUGUGAAAUAUGCCACGAGGUGUUCAAAUCAAAAAACGUGUGUGUGCUCAAAUGUGGGCACAAGUAUCACAAAGGGUGCUUUAAGCAGUGGCUUAAAGGGCAGAGCGCUUGCCCAGCCUGCCAGAGUCAUGAUCUCCUGUCAGAAGAGUAGCCUGCACCUUCUGGAAGAGGCUGGCCCAGUGAGAAAUGGGAGCUGCCUUCCUGCUCCCCUAGGUAGUCACACUUCACUAAAGCGUCAUCCACCAGCAUGCUGAAUUGGAAGAAUGACAAUUUCCUAUCACUGGUGUAAAAAGCAAACAUUUGAAGACCCUUUUGCAUUGUGUGUCACAAAGCUAAAUUCAUGGAAAUCGUUAAUAUCAUUGAUAUUAAGUAAUUUCCCCACUCCAAGUGAAUACUUUGAUGAUGGCCAAGUAGUGGCUAAUAAAAUGCCAGCUACCACACUCAUGGGUCGCUGGGGCUGUGCAGGGCUCUUUGAGGUGGGUGGCUUCUUUUGGAAAGUACUGU